AACGAAGAUCCUAGCGAGAGAAUAAGGGAUGGGACGCCCUGAUGCAGACCCUGAAGCACAAACGGAAUACGAGCUUCACCCUCAAGAAUAUGAUCCGAACCUCGAAACGACUACAAAUGCAGCCGAUGAGUAUCAAGCACAAACUUAUCAGAACCACAAUGAACAAGGCCAACAAUACCAAAUGGGCGCACCUGGUGGUACUGAUCCCCAGGCUCAGCCCCCACAAUAUCCACCACCAGCACAGCAGCAGCCACCGCAAUACCCACCACAACAACCGAACCAAGCCUAUCCUCCUCCGCAGCGGCCCGCCCCAUACCCGCCUCAAAACAUGCAGUACAAUCCGAAUCCAGCAUAUACUAACAUGCCAAACCAGCAGCCAGCAGCGGCUUAUCCACCUCAACCGGUGCAGUACCCGCCGAAAAGCCCACCUACAAAUCAGAUGUAUGCAAAUGUAGGUCCUCAAGUGACGCCAUCUCAGACUGGUUACGCCCCUAACGUUUCACCACAAGCGUUUCCUCAACCGAAUUCUUGCCCCCUGAUCAGGCUGGUAUGCCGCCUGCUUCACCACAUAAACCAGCCGUGGCGGGGAUCCCGGUGGGGCCUGGUGGAGGCUACGGUUGGAGAAGUGGUCUUUUCGACUUCAUGGAUGAUCCGAUGAACGCUCUGGUGACAGCCUUCUUCCCAUGCUUGACAUUCGGCCAGAUCGCGGAAAUUGUGGAUGAUGGUCACACAACUUGUGGAACCAGUGGACUGCUUUACGGUGCAAUCGCCUUCUGUAUAGGGAUGCCGUGCCUAAUGUCAUGCACUUACAGAACCAAACUAAGAAGCAAGUUCGGGUUGCCGGAAGCUCCGGCACCCGAUUGGGUCACCCACUUCUUUUGCGAGUGGUGUGCUCUUUGUCAAGAAUACAGGGAGCUUCAACAUAGGGGUUGGGAUCCUUCUAUUGGAUGGCAUGGAAACCUGGCGAGGAACCAGAUGCAACAGCCGCCGCCGGUAAUGAUGGCACCGAUGAACCAAAGAAUGAUGGGUUGACGAUGAGAAGCUGUUUUAUUUUUUCGAAUGAUUUUUAUCUGUUUUUAUUUUAC